AUGCUCGCUGCGGGCUCAGAUAUGGCGGCGCCCAGAUCGGGGCUGAGGCAGAGGCAGAAGGGGGCAGCGACAAGCGCCGUCCCCGAGGUCCCGGAGCGGGCUGCGGCGGGGCCGGUGGGUAGCGAGGCCAAGCCACCGCAGGGCACCUUCUGGCUGACUCGCAUCAUGCUGCUGCGAUCCAUAGCGCUGCUGUACUUUGUGGCCUUCCUGGUGGCUUACCAUCAAAACAAGCAGCUGAUAGGAGAGAAGGGACUGCUCCCUUGUAAACUGUACCUGCAGAAUGUCAAAAAGUACUUCAAAGGAAAGAUAAACCUGGAUGCUUUGAGCUAUGCACCAACAAUCAUCUGGUUUCUGGACUGGUCAGACAUGGACAGCAUCUUGGACUACCUCUCCCUGCUUGGCCUGGCAGUUUCAGCCUUUGUCCUGGUGUCUGGGUGUGCAAACAUGGUGCUGAUGGCUGUCCUGUGGGUCCUCUACCUCUCACUAGUCAACGUUGGACAGAUCUGGUAUUCCUUUGGAUGGGAAUCACAGCUUCUGGAAACAGGGUUCCUGGGGAUAUUCCUCUGCCCACUCUGGACCCUCUCCCACCUGCCCCAGCACACUCCCCCUUCCAGCAUCGUCAUCUGGGGCUUUCGGUGGUUGAUCUUCAGGAUCAUGCUUGGAGCAGGGCUGAUUAAAAUCCGAGGGGAUCGCUGCUGGAGGGAGUUAACUUGCAUGGAUUAUCACUAUGAGACACAGCCAGUGCCCAACCCCAUUGCCUACUUCAUGCAUCGCUCCCCGUGGUGGUUCCACCAGUUUGAGACCUUGGUCAAUCACUUCACUGAGCUGCUGGUGCCCUUCUUCAUCUUCCUGGGGCGGCGGAUGUGCAUCCUGCAUGGCCUCCUGCAGAUCCUCUUCCAGGUGCUUCUGAUCAUAAGUGGAAACCUGAGCUUCCUCAACUGGCUGACCAUCAUCCCCAGCAUCGCCUGCUUUGACGAUGCCAGCCUCAGCUUCCUCUUCAGCUGCAGGCAGGGAGGGCUGAGGGAGCGGCUGGCACAGAUGCAGCUCAAGGGGGCAGCUGAGAAGCAGCUUCCCUUAGGCUGCUACAUCCGCAGAGUGGUGAACAUCUCCUUUGGCCUCCUGAUUGCUUAUCUCAGCAUCCCAGUUGUCCUGAACCUGCUCAACUCCAGACAAGUCAUGAACACCUCCUUCAACCCUCUCAGGAUAGUGAACACCUAUGGAGCCUUUGGGAGCAUUACCAAGGAGAGAACAGAAGUUGUCCUUCAGGGAACAGCCAGCUUGGAUCCCCACGACCCUGCUGCUGUCUGGGAGGAGUAUGAGUUCAAGUGCAAGCCUGGGGACCUGAAGAGGAGGCCAUGCUUCAUCACCCCCUACCACUACCGCCUGGACUGGCUCAUGUGGUUCGCUGCCUUCCAGACCUACGAGCAGAACGAGUGGAUAGUGCACUUGGCUGGGAAGCUGCUGGCCCAGGAGGAGCAGACCUUGUCCCUGCUGGCAGCCAACCCCUUUGCAGGCAGAGACCCCCCAAGGUGGAUCCGUGGAGAACACUUCAAGUACAAGUUCAGCCAGCCUGGAGGAAGGCAUGCCAGCGAGGGCAGGUGGUGGAUUCGGAAGAGGCUUGGUCCUUACUUUCCUCCUGUCAACCUCCAAGGCUUGAAGAAGUUUUAUGAAGACAGAGGCUGGCCCUACCCUGGGGGGCACUGAUGGAAGAGGAUGAGCAAGGUCAAGAGGCACCAGCUGGGGAAGAGGGGCAGCAGCCAGCUCCCUUAA